AGUGUAUUAACUCUAGCUCAGUCUUAAAGUGGCAACGUAUUUUGAGCCAUUCAUAUUUUCAUUUAUUCAUUUUAUACUGGAUAUUUCUCCAAUAAAAUGAAACUGUUCUUAUCAUUUCUACUGGUUGCACUGGCUGUGUCCGCUUAUGGUGUUCCGGAUGAAUUCGAGCUGGACUUCAAUGUGUUCAAUAUCGGUUGGUUCAAUGGCAGCCUUCCAAUCGACGAAGAGCAGAUACAGUGUAUUAGAGAUGGAACCGUAACAAUUAUCGAGAACAAUCCCGAUUUGAAAACAUGGUUUGAUGACGUCGAGAAAACGGCUGAAAAUUUAAAGGAAGCCGGUAUUAGAUGCUAUUCAUAUUCAGGAAUCAGAAAGCAGGCAUGUUUGGCAAAAUUAAAAAUUUCAGCAUUCACUCAAUAUGCCCGUUUGAUGAAAUCAUUACCAGAUGAUCGAAAGGAAAUCGUUGAUGAAAUCACAACUAUUGUGAAGGUCUGUCUGGGUAUCUAGUAAGCUACAUUCGUUCACAUGGUUUAAGCUAUUCUAUGUAAUCGAACACUCGAAAUAAAA